GGGUGUGGUGAUUAGCCUGCUUGGUGAAAAUUUCAGUCAAAUCCGAUCCGAGCGGCUGCUCCCUUCUGACCCCUAAAAGCGGAUUAUAUCGUGUGGAAAUUAACGCGGUUCCUCUCCCCCCAUCUGAGGCAAUGGUUGUCGUGUGAAAACAUAUUAGUGCUACACAGACUGGAGGAACCGGACCGAACCAGAACGCCUCUUUUUCAGGUGUCAGCUGGCAAAGUGUUUGUAUGUGUGAGUGAGUGAGUGAGGGUGUGUGUGUGUAUGUGUGCAAGCACGCACGUGUAUUUCCUUAACUUAGCCAGUGUUUAGAGAGGAGUGCGUCCUGAACGCAUCUAACGGGGACAAUGAGCGAGCUGGAACAGUUGCGGCAGGAAGCAGAGCAACUACGCAAUCAGAUCCGGGAUGCCAGGAAAGCCUGCAGUGAUUCCACUCUGUCGCAGAUCACAGCUGGUCUGGACUCAGUGGGCCGGAUACAGAUGCGGACGCGACGUACUCUCAGGGGACACCUGGCUAAGAUCUAUGCAAUGCACUGGGGGAGUGACUCAAGGUUACUGGUCAGCGCCUCGCAGGAUGGAAAACUGAUCAUCUGGGACAGCUACACGACAAACAAGAUGCAUGCUAUCCCGCUGCGCUCUUCAUGGGUGAUGACGUGCGCCUACGCCCCCUCUGGGAACUACGUGGCCUGUGGAGGUCUGGACAACAUCUGCUCGAUAUACAGCCUGAAGACCCGAGAGGGCAACGUCCGGGUCACUCGAGAGCUACCUGGACACACGGGUUAUUUGUCAUGCUGCCGCUUCUUGGAUGACAACCAGAUACUAACCAGCUCUGGCGACACCACCUGUGCAUUGUGGGACAUAGAGACGGGCCAGCAAGCCACCUCCUUCAGCGGCCACACUGGUGACGUUAUGAGCCUGUCCCUUAGCCCAGAUUACAAGACUUUUGUGUCAGGAGCUUGUGAUGCCACCUCCAAGCUGUGGGACAUCCGUGACGGCAUGUGCAGGCAGUCGUUCACCGGCCACGUGUCUGACAUCAACGCCGUCUGUUUUUUCCCCAAUGGAAAUGCGUUUGGCACAGGCUCGGACGACGCCACCUGCAGGCUGUUUGACCUGCGUGCCGACCAGGAGCUGAUGAUGUACAGCCACGACAACAUUAUCUGCGGCAUCACCUCUGUGGCUUUCUCCAAGAGUGGCCGCUUGCUUUUAGCCGGCUACGAUGACUUCAACUGCAAUGUGUGGGACACUCUAAAAGGCGACCGAGCAGGCGUCCUUGCAGGCCACGACAACAGAGUGAGCUGCUUAGGAGUGACAAACGACGGCAUGGCUGUGGCCACCGGCUCCUGGGACAGUUUCCUCCGGAUCUGGAAUUAAACCAAAUGUCCGGCCUGAUGUCCUCAAUCACUGCCUGCCACCUUGGUUCUGCAGCCCCCACGCGACUCAUCUGCUGGGCUGGACCCGAGGGAAUGCAUUUUGAAAGCCCUUUUCAUCCCUCCCAGCGGAAGACUCUCAAAAAAAUUUUAUUUUUCCCCCAUCCGGCUCUAGAACAACAAAAACCUUUAUGAAAAGUCCAAUCUAAACCAAGAAAUCAUCAAAAAAUAUUGAAUAUAACUUAUUUUCUUCCUCUAAAGGGCAUUAAAGUGCAUCAACAGUCAUGGUUACAAAAAAAAUGAUCAUCAAUGUGUAAUAUGUAAAUGUAUAUAUAAAGGCAGUAUAUAUGUAUAGCAUUAUGUGUGUAUAUAUGCAUCAUAUAUGCAUAUAUAAUGUGUGUAUGUAUAUAUUUUUGUAGUUAUUUUUCUUGCUUUUUAUUUUAUUUGGUUUACUAUAGAUAUAGAAUACCAGAAAUAUCAGUAACCUUUAAAAAAAAAAUCAGCAAGGCUAAUCAAUCAGUUUCGAGACAAAAUGUAACUUCUUUUAAGAUUUUAUUUUUUAUUUUUUUGGGGCUUUAAACAUUCAUUAAUUUUGAACGGAUCCUAAGGCUGUGAUGCCUGGAGGAGCUUCAUCCCAAUAAUUACUUUGUUUUUAUAUAUAUAUAUAAAUGUUUUUUGUCUGGAUCAAGCUUAAACUCCAAAGUAGCAACUGUUCAAGUUUAGGCAUUUGGAUUGGUGGGUUCAAAUCGACUGCUGAACAUUGGACCACCAUUCCAUGGAAAUCCACUGCAGAGUGACUGGUUAAGAGUGGUUGUAAUAAUCCAAUCCCCCCUGCGGUCUGCAGAAGGAUUCAUCUUUGCUUCGACAUUGGGAUGACCGUUGGAUAUGAGGUGAAACGAUGACAAGAAUUCAAGCCCUAACUAGUUUCUCCCUGCAAUCCUGACAAAAUGGGAUUUACAAGAGCUUCCUGUUGGGACUGAAAAAGACUGCGGCAGUCUGCAGGAACCUGAGAAAAACAGGAAAAAUGAUGUCAGAGCUUGCCAUGUUGAUUUGUUUUUUUUUUUCCUCCUGAAUGAAGGAUUGAACUCCUUUUAAACAUCAACAAGGUGUGAGCAAAAACAGAGAAGAUGUGUGCCAAUUUAAAUCACACCAGUGCCAUAGCAAGCCUGCUACAAAAAAGGACACAAACAUGUCUUUUUUUUUUUCUAAGAUUGACACUUAAAAGCAUUUUUGUUUCUCACCAAAAAAAGCAUCAUAAACUUUUAAUCUAACUAGUUAGGAACAAACACGUAAUAGACAGCUAGAGGCGCACUCACAAACCGUAGUACCAACGUGAGCCAUGGUGCACAUGUAAACGUGAUAUGAGGUUUCUCGUCGUCAAUCCUGCAUUUAAAAAGCUUAGAUUGUGUGUGAGUUGGACCUACCCAUCAGCUGUUUCAGGUGCCUGAAUAUAAAUGAAUAUAAAGCCGUGGGCUGGAUAGAAGAGGGGUUGUGCUUAAGGGAGAUCAGGCAAUGCUCUCUAUUAUGCCUUAGGAUACCAUUCAUAAUAAGAGUGUAAAAUUAGCAUCAAUAAUAGAAAUACUUUCCUUUUUUGUUUCUAUAAUCUCACAUUGUUCCUGCACAGUCUAGAAUUUAGUAUAAUUGUGUUCCAAGCCUAGAUACAUUUUGAAAAAAACAAAUCGUUUCUCUGAACAGCUUUUCCAGCUCCAUUAUGAGAAAUUUUGGGUUUUAAGUAGAAGACUGAAAUCAAAGUUUGUGUUCACCCAUAUAUCUUACAGUUUGAUCAUCCAAACAUUAAUCCAUCCUCUAAUCAGUUCAUCCAUUCAUGAAACCUGUCCCUCUGCCAGUCUGUCCAACCAUCCUUUCAUCCAUUAUGCUUCUGUCAGUGCAGCCCUCCAUCCACCAACCUGUCCAUUUGACCUGCUCUUGAUCCAUGCCAACAUUAGCCCAUCCAACUGCCAAUUCAUCUACCCGUCAAUCCACUUAUCCUUCAUCCAAUAGACCCAUCAAUCUUUCAAUCAUCCAUCCAUUUAUGAGUGCAUCCAUCUGCUAAUAUAGCUGUCUACUAGAUGAGCCAUUUGUAUCCACUCAUUUGUCAAUCUGUCCAUUCAUCCAUCCGGAUCUCUAGCCAUACUUUAGCUGCAUCCACCCACCUAUUCAUUUCAGCCAUCCAUCAGUUUAUCAACCCUUUCAGUAGUCUGUCAGCCCAUACAUAGAACCAUCUUUUUAUCCAUUUAUUUGUCCAUUUAGGUACCCAGGUAUCCAUCAAUUAGUUUUUCAGUCAUCAGACGGUUUUACUAUCUCGUCUCUUAUCUAGUUACAAUAAGUACAGCCUGACCUCUACGGAAAUAUCUCAGUUUUUAGUGAUUGUUUGUAUAUAUAUAUACUUGAACCAUGGCUCAAACAAAAACUGUGAAAUCUAGAAACAUGGAGUCUGGGAACCCUGUGAGCGAGAAAGUUCUUGUUUUCCAACCGAAGCGCAAACAGAUACUAGUGAACACUAAGACACAUGCUAAAAGGAAAACCAUGUGCAGCUCCUCAGUGCUUCUUAAACCCUUUUUUUUAGUAUAUAAAUCUGCUUUUAACUAAUACAGUAAAGUUUGUAUUACCUAACAAGGUUUGAUCAGCUGCCGAUUAUUCCCUAACAUCCCUCUCUAUGGUCGAUAUAUUUUUAUUUUAACGGUUUUGUGUAAUUUUACUCUUCAAGUAACCCAUCCUGAGGGAAUGCUUAUGAGCCGCAGGGAAAGCUUGUAACCGUACAAGAUUUGGAGAUCUGCAGGAUGUGAAAUGUGGAGUGUUUGAGUGUUGAGGGCUUGUGUAGAGGAAGGUAGAGGGAUGGGGAGAAUUUGAUGAUGUACAAGUGUUACUUCCUCAUUCAUCUGUGCCAAUGUGCUCCACAGACCCUGAGCUGUGAACCGAAUACUAGUCUGUAAAAUUAAAAAGACAAAAAAAAAAAAAUACUUUGGCUAGUGUUACUCAAGUGCCAACCUUCUGCCACUUUCAACCCAAUCUGUUGUCCGAUCCAACAGGUUGGCUGCUUCUUUUUCACAAUCAGUCUUCGUAGCCACCAGGGUCAUUUUCGCUAACAAGUCUGAAUAUGUUCAUAUAUUGAAUCAAGAGAACUAAAUGGUAUGGAAUCAAAGAGACAGGAAAUCAUUUGGGGGUACUUACUUUCCAAAUUCAACAAGAUGCUUGAAGAAACAUUCACCCGAGUUUAGGACAGGAAACCAUUGUGUUGGGUCUAAUUUUCUUUUACAAGCAUUCAUAUAUUGUUUUCCCACCACUAUAAAAUGUAACCUGCUGCGACCUUUUUGAAUCUAAAUGUUUUUGGGGGUUUUUAAGUGAAGACUGUAAUGCAGUAGGAAUUUUUAUGUCCUUUAAAAUCUCAGGCUGAAUAUGACCACAGUGAGCCAAGCGUACAUGUGCAGGAUUAAUAUUUUAAACUCCUUUGUGGGAAAUGACAAACUCAACUAAGUAGUGGAUCAUUUUUGUCUCAAGCUAUUCAGAGCCAUCUGCUCAGUAUUUCAACAAGUACUCUGCGAUACUGCUGUGAUUAGGAUAGAUCAGUCAAAUGCAGCUGGAUCAAUUCCUGGGCCGCCAUUAAGGACAAUAGUUCAAAAAAGUGGUUCCACCCCCAGCUGUUUUGAUAAUUAAGUAACAAAAUCAUCAUCUGCUGCACACUGCCAGUCAGCUGGCUGAAAAAGUGCUACUAGACCUAGAGAUAUUAAGAUAUGUAAAGGAUUAUAAUGACCAGUCUCUUCCUCUUAUCAGUGAAGCACUGUUUUAAAACCCACUGUUAUUUCACUAGUAGUUUGUCUGUAAAGCAGACAAUUGCAGGCUAGUUAGUAGAUAGUCUAACGGAAUAACCCGCUUGUUAUGCUCUCCAAAGAUCAGAAGGAAAAGGGGGAUAAUAUUCUGCACAAUAAGCGCUAUAUUGAGAGAGUGCUUAUUUUAAAUAGCCAAAUCACUUUAAACAUGUUUUAUUUCAGUUUAUUUCAGAGUAAAAAAUGUAAAAUCCUUAUUCAAAGUUAUUUCACUGUACUUUUAUAUUGGCUCAUGCAUAAAAAAUAAGUACUUAGUUUGUGUUUUUCACCUACCACUGGGGUCUGUUUCUAAUCGUCUGCCUCAAACUGUCACUCAUUGUCGUUGAUCUGUACGUGUCUAGUGAAAACGGACAGAAACCUGGUUCUUGUCUGAUUCAUCAGUCACUUGGUAUUAUAUUUAGCUUUAUUCAUAACUAAAAAAACUAAAUUUAAACGUAAAGCCUACAAGCCUGCCAAGAUUAUUGUAAAAAAAAAUAUUUGUGCCGAUAAAUGUUAUGUAGGUUGUGCCAAAAAAAUGUAACUUGUUCUUCCUUAAUUCCUGCUGCACUACCUCCAACCUCUUCAUGACAUUUUUUGUAGCUUUUUGGUUAAUUUUAUUGACAGAGUCAUCAGAAAUUGCAAUGCAAACGUUCCUUGCAUAAUUUCUAACAGCCUUAGAUUAUUUCCUGUUCUCGUUGGGAAGUAGCUUUGUAUUAUGUGUUUGCCGUUGGAUGUUUCUUCUCAUCUUCCCUAAAUGUUAAGCUGCUCCUUUUAUCUCACGGUUUUACUGUUUCCAUAUUCCGUAAAGAGUCUAUGUGAACCCCAUCCCUAAAUAAAACAAAAACGCCAUGGCCCUUAAAUGCUGAGUAAGUGUCCAUAUGAAAUAUUAGUUUAGCAAUCACUUUCGCUGUAUGUUUUAGCGUUGUUAGCAGCUGGAGCCUGGAAUAGAAACACUCCCAUGUGCCUGUGCUGGUCACUCAUGCAGGUCAAACAGAAAAACUGUAGAACCAACAACGGUGCUUGACUUCAAUUAACUUUUCAUCAUUGUUGCUUCCCCGGAUGUUUUUGGUUUGUUUGUUCCCCAACCUCAGCUUUAUGACUGAUAAUCAGGUAGCCUUGUAUUACAAACCUUUCACAUGUUCGGUCUCAAUGCUGAGAAUGUAACUUUCUCAUUAGUCUAACAGGUUGUUCUGUUGUUCAUGUCACUGCUGCAUGAGUUCAGUCUGUAAUCAAGCUGCAGUUUACUUUGAUUAU